AUGUACAGUUUUUCCAGUUAUGACUUUUUGAACUCUGGACUCUCUGCCGACAGUUCAAGGAUAUCACCAGAGAGAGAACCGUCGCUGUGUUUCGCUUCAGAUAGCCCCCAAGGCUCUUCCAGCACUGGUUCUCAACAGAUUCAAUUCCUCUCAAGACACCUUGAUCUUUCCGUUGAACCAACAUUUGUCGAGCCGUCGUCUUAUCCCGCUCUAGAUUUGGGAGAUGUGAACAUAUUCGCAGAGUGGGAUGCAGGAUUCGACUCUUACCCACCGUUUUCCAACUCAUCCACUCAAGUGUCUUCGAUAAGCGGUUAUCAACAAGCUUCAACUUCUUCAUCGACAUUUGAGCCCUCCCUGCAGCCUACGACGGAAUCAUUACCAAAUUAUCCUCCUCAAAGUGUUGAAGACAUCAAUCAAUAUAUGCCUACCUCCAAUCCACGCAACAUCUUUCCAGAGUCUACUGUCGAAUCGGCCACGGCAGCUUUUGGGCUCAGUUCAACCUCUAUGAACGCCCCAUCAAAUAUACACACCCCACCAUCUGCCCGGUUAUUUGCGCCUGCAACUCACCCACUCGCCAUUCAUCAGGCAUUAUCAAGCAGAUGCCAAUCUCGACCGCUUGAAAACUUUGGGAAAUAUCCAUCCCCGGACGUGGCUGACGGGAAUCCCAGUUAUCUGUCAACCGCGUCCACGAGUGUGGCCCCGAAAAAUGUGCACGGAAGUCGAUACAUCGACAUUCUUCAUGGUGGGAUCUGGCUCAUUGACUCAGACCCACGAGCACAGGUGGAGAAUACCCUUACGAGGGUAGUCACAGAAGAUGAAAAACGAAAACAACAGUUGCUUCCAACGCUUGAAAGCGUUGAGAAACAGGUGUUGUAUUAUAACCCUGGGAGCCGUGCUAUCCUCCCAGGAAGUUCUACCGACAGUUUCCACUCCUAUAUCAGAGGAAAGGAAACAACAAAUCAAGAGGGAUCCAUGUGGGCGAAAUUGAACUGCGAAGAGAGCUCCGGGGGGAACCCCGUCGAGCCUCUCGAUAAGUUCAGACACGGCAAUGGAGGGAUGGUCAGCCAUCACUCUACAACUCAAAAUGGCGACAGGCAAGUCGCUACUGCUUCCAGAUACACCCGGAAGCGGAGGUUGUCAGCGGCAAAGAGCAAUGAGGGCAAAUCCCCCUCUGCUGCCAAACGGCCACGGACAGCAUCUCCGCUGGUUCGUGGCAGUGGAACGAGCACCUCGGCGCAGACCGAGGUUCUACAGGACCAAGAGGGGAGUGUGAGCAGGGUCGCAGCGACCCUGACGGCCGCACCAAGACCCCUGUUGCAGCCAGCACAGCCGCGCUGUCUAGCUGAAGGGUUCUCGCAAGGGCGCUUGGUGAUCGAGAAGCGUGAACGUCACCGAAAAAAGGAUGGAGGACUCACCUUCCAGGUCAUGAGGCCCACAUAA